AUGGCACCUGCCAUAGGUUACCUCAAGAUCACCAUGAAUGCACCCAGCCCGGCACGAGUGCCGUCGUGCGGAGGCCCUGCACGCCCGACCAUCAUCAGACCUGCUGGUCGGCCCCUGAGACAUUUGCCAAGCCUGCCACCGCUCGGUUGGCCCCCUCCCCCUUCCCACCCACCAUCCUGCUCCUCCCGCCCCACCUUGGCCUUGGUCUUUGCGUCGAUAAAGGGGGAGAUGGAGUGCCAGAAGGUGGAGAAGAUGCGGGGCGCGGAGACGAUGUAG